AUGGAUGAACAAAUUCCCACAUUCCUUGCGGUAACAGGAGUUGAAGAUGAAGCAGUGGCAAAACAGUACUUGUCAUUAACCAAUGGUGAUUUGGAAUACGCGGUCACUUUGUUUAUGGAAGCAGGAGGAGCAGGUGCUGGUUCAUCAUCAUCAGCCCCAAUUGGAACUGGCCAUGAUAGCGAUGAAGAAAUGGCUCAACGAUUACAACAAGAGGCCUAUCAAGAUCAAGAAGUAAGAGAAGCAGACGCCAAUGUUCAUAGACAUGAACAAUUGGUUGACCAUCCAUUUGGAUUUGGACUUCCUCAAAUACCUCAAAGUAGACCAACUGAUAUUUUUGGUUCAGCUGCUAGAGGAGGUAUAUUCAAUCAAAGAUUUGAUCCUGAUGAAAAUCAAUAUUAUAAUUCAAGACAACAAUCCAAUGGCUGGGAAGAUCCUGAUGAUAGUGAUGAUGAUGAUGAAGAUGAUAACUAUGAAGAUGCAAAUGAUGAUGAAAUAAUGGAAAUUGAUUCAGAUGGUGAAGAAAUCGCUCGUCCAGCACGAGAAAGACCUAUAUCACGUAGACGAAGAUUGAGAGAUGAAAGAACUGAAGAAUUGAAUGCCACUCAAAGAAGACUAGCGGAAUUAUUCAGACCACCAUUUGAUUUAAUAGCUCCUAUAAAUAUUGAUACGGCGAAACAACAAGCUAAAUCAGAAAAUAAAUGGAUUCUUAUAAAUAUUCAAGAUGCUACUGAUUUCAAAUCCCAAGUUUUAAAUCGAGAUUUUUGGUCAAAACCUAAUAUAAAAGCCAUUGUUAAAGAGAAUUUCAUAUUUUUACAAUAUCAUCAUGAUUCACCUAAUGGAGUAAAUUAUACUAAUUUUUAUACUACAGAUGAACUUCCUCAUGUUGCUAUAUUGGAUCCAUUAACGGGUGAAAGAGUGUUGAAGUGGAAAGAUGGAGAUAUACCAAAUACUGAUACUUGGGUUGAAGAUGUUAAAGAUUUCUUAAGUAAAUUUUCAUUACAUCCUGAUUCGAAAAAUCCUACCGUAAAGCAUGAAACUGCGUUUGAUCCAGAUGUUCUUUCUGAAGAACAACAAAUUGAAUAUGCCAUGAAACAAUCAAUGCUUGAAAGUGGGGGGAAUUCAGCUUCAAACGCUAUACCAAUUGAAGAUAGCCAAGAUGAGAAUGGAGAACCAGAAGAAGACGUUGACGAUGGAGAAGUAGGAUUUGAAGAAGAUAUAUCAAGAGAACAAAGCACCCAACCCAAGCAACCAGUCGAAGCUGAACUAGAUCCAUUUGAGAAGAUCAAAGCUCAAGAUCACGAAGAACCAACUACAGGUACUAUCACUCGAAUUCAAAUUAGAUUUCCAAAUGGUAAAAGAUUAGUUCAUAAAUUCUUACUUAGUGAUACUAUAUUACAAAUAUUCCAAUGGUUGAAAUUCAUCUUAUCUGAAAAGGCAGAUGAAUUCGGGUUAACCCCAACCGAUCAAUUCACUUUAUCUAAUACAUCCGUUAAAUCAUUUAAAUUUAUAGAUUCUUUAGAUGUCACAGUUGAGCAAGCUGGCUUGAGAAAUGCUAGUAUUUUAUUAGAAAAGGAAUAG